UUUUAUCCUCCUGACCGGGCGGCUUUUUGGAUAUCCUGGGUAGUGGUGGUGGCGGCGGUGGUGGAAAACUUUACAUGUAGACUAGGAUAGAAGUUUAAGACACAGAAAAAAAAAAACACCUAUCAACUCGCGACAAUCCUGAUAAAUGUAUCUAACUCCAGCAAUUUGCACUAAAACCUAUAGAAAGCUGUUUUUCUUUCUUUAGUCUCCGCUCGCCCUGAAUGAAUAUGGAUUCCAGGUAUAUUUUGGAGAAGUCGUCGGUCGGGACGAGGGUCGGCGUUGGUGCGGAUUUUAACUGCCGGGCAGGCCGCUCGGUGCUGCGCGACACACGGGUCCCCACGACGGUGGAGAAAAACGGCCCCAUGCCGGCGUACACAAACGGGCCCGUCCUCUACAAAUUCGUAAUGGACGGAGGCUCAGCUGUGGAGGUUAAAGGCGAGAGGAGCUCCUCAAAAGGGAACGGACGAAUAUUGCACGACAUGGAAAAAACUGGCCUGGGGGACCAAAAAGACACUGGUUCCACUGGGAUCCUGAAGAGGGCCAGUCCUACUCACUGCCCAGGCGUAAAUGGGCAGAUACCAGGCGGCUUCAUGCACUUGGACAUCAGGAACCCAGUGAAACAGGCAGAGCUGGCCAACAACUUCAGGGCAGCACAAGGGCGAAAUGUACCACAGACAGAGAGACAACCCCUCCCCUCCUCCCACAUCCCUGUCCCGAGAAACAGGAAGCCCUCAGGUCAUGCUGAUAAGGAGGUGAUGGCUGCCACCGUCCUGACCUCACUGUCCACAUCUCCUAUGGUGCUCCACCCUUCCUCUGCACCCACAGUCCCAGAGCCAGCCGCCAGGGCUUGGAAAGAGGUGCUGUCAGCCAGCUAUAGCAGUUCGACCAGUGGAAACUGGAGCUGGGACGCCAGCGACCAAUCGGUGCCCUCGACACCAUCCCCACCUCUCUCCAAUGAUAACAACAAGAACUUCCUGCUCUCGUCCCAGGGUGAUGAUGUCAGCGAGGAUGUCACAGAGAGCACGCACUUCAUGUUUGAGGACCCCAUACCUAGGAAGCGAAAGAAUUCCAUGAAGGUGAUGUUCAAGUGCUUGUGGAAGAACUGUGAAAAGGUCCUCAGCACCUCCUCAGGGAUCCAGCGACACGUCCGCACCGUCCACCUGGGCCGAAACAGCGACUCGGACUACAGUGAUGGAGAGGAGGACUUUUACUACUCAGAGAUCGAGGUCAACAUGGACAGCCUCACAGAGGGUUUGUCCAGCCUCACGCCCACUUCCCCCACCACGGCAGGUCCUCCGCCCGUCUUCCCUCCUCCGUUCACCGAUGUCCCUCACUCUGAACACAUCAACAUGAACGGCUCGCAGAGCCACGCCCCGACACUGCUCAGUCAGUCGGCUCCCUCCACACUCUGCCACAUCCGCACUGACCACGCCUACCAGGCCACUGCUCCUGUGAGUAUCCCAGUGGGUCCUGAGCUGGCUGGGUUAGGCAGUGGUAAUGGAACCGGGCCUGGAAUUGGGACUGGGAAUGGCAUCAGUGUGUCGUGGCAGUCCCCUCCUGUCAUUUUCAAAGGCGUCCCGGGGCCUGUGACUCAUGUCCGGACAGUUAACAUUGGUGAAAAGAGGCAGCCGGCAGCCAGCACACACACCACUGUUAACAAGAACCAUGCUUUAAUAACGCCAGCACCUAAACCCACACCGGGAACCAGGAAACCCCGUGGGGAGGCGAAGAAGUGCCGAAAGGUGUACGGCAUGGAGAAGAGAGACAUGUGGUGCACAGCCUGUCGCUGGAAAAAAGCCUGUCAGAGAUUCACCGACUAAUCCGGUCCACUUCCCGUGUCCAUGAGAUGAGCUCUUCCUCACUCGGAAUGACAGCUAGGUGGACUCUUCCACUGAGGAGACGGAGACAGAUUUCUUCAGGAUGAAGCUCUCAGUGCUGCUUCCUCCAACCCAGCAUGGGGUUUGCCUUCUCUCUUUUCCGUUUCCAAAUACAAAGAGAAAAAAUAAAACCAGUGGGUAAAAACAAACAAACAAAACAAACAAAAAAAAUCAGCAAGAAAAAAAAAGAACUUUCACAGGUUUGGAGAGUUUUUCUAAGACUGAAACAUUUCACUCUGUUUGAUGAGGAAAAACAAAACUUUUAAGUUGGAUCCUGAACCUUCUGAUUUGAUCUUUUGCCAUUUUUCACAGCCUCAACACAAGGCGAUGUUUAAAGACUACAGAUAAGCUUUUUGGUAUACUCUGUUGUUGAUUAUAGGAUCAUCAUGUAAUCUACUGUUUAUGGGGUGGAUCAUGACUCUUUUUUGGAAGUUCAAGGGUAAACACCAGAUUUGCUCGGUAAGACCUUUGUAGCAUAUCCGUUUUUUCAUUGUCACUGUUUAAGGGACUUCAAACCUACCAAAGGCACAAAAAGCCUGUUCACCUAAUCCUGAAUCUAGCAUCACUGUCUUCUGCAGCCGUAUUCAGUAUCAACUAUAUGUUUGAGAGCAUAUUGUUCCAUUGGUUGUACCUAUUCACUCAGCAAAUUCAACACAGCCAGUUAUACUUGUAAUUUUGCAAAGAUGCACAAAACCCUCUCAUACAAAGUGGUACAAAAAAAAAAUCCCCUUGACUUUCUAAAAUAUUUUUGAUGUUUAGAUGUACACAAUAAAUGAAAUAUAUUUCCCUCGCUCCUACUCUAUACUUGUACCCAAGCGAUAUGCACCUUGAUGAAAUUCGUCAUCUUUUAGAGUAUCACUGUAACCACAGCGUAUGUCUGAGAGAGCGGAUAUCUAUUUCUUAUAUAGAGUUUAUUUUCAGCAGUGACUUGUUGAAGCAACUACCAGUUGCGCUGUGCAAUCAGCAGAAGUUCUUGCUUUGUGGUUGUCAUUGUUAUUAAGAUGAGCUGAGGCAGAAAGGCUCUUAAAGAGAUCAUUCACCACAUCGAUGAUGCAUGAAUGAUAACUGCCCUUUGACACUUCCAGUCUGUCUGAUGUCAUUUGCAUGUGUCGGUGAUUAAUAUAGAGAUUGUAAACCAACAAUCACUACCUGAUGAUGAUGAGUCAGGCGUUCUUACUUGUUUCGUACAGUUUUAAACAAAGAGUUUACCCAAUUCUUAGCCUUUGGAAUAACCAAGCACUUUUCCCCACAUUUUCAGUAGAUCCAAAUCUUUGAGAACGAUCUUUCAUUGCAGGCUUAUGAAAAGUUCAAAUCAAGUCAGUGCAGAGGUUUAGGUGCUUUCACAAGCUUUAGAUGAAAUAUAGCUGGUAGAAAUUUUAACUUUUGAUAUGUCCCUUUCAUCUGUAUUUAAAAAAACAAAAACAAAGAGCAUACAUCUUCAGCAAUAUUGGCCACUCUUAGAAAUGAAAUAAAUCCCUUGUCUAUUAAGUAUCCAAAACAACAAGAGGAAUAAUACAAAGACAGUGGCCGAGUAAUCUUUAGGCAAGCUUUUCUUUUUUUAAAUUGAAUUGUUGUGAAAUAUUUGGGAAAGCUAACCAACUUCAACACAGGAGCAUUCCUACAAAAGACAAAUAGUAAAAAGUUACCACCCUAAAACUAAACACCUGCAGCCUGCAGUGUUUGUAAUUGGCUUAAUAGACAAUUUAAAAAAAAUGUAAAAGACAGUGUUUUCAUAGUUAAUCUUUCCCCUCUUUUGUAACGUAUAUCCAUUUUAAACUUCCUCUCAUGACCCAUUGUCAAGUGUAUUUAUUUAUUUAUUUAUAAAGCCCAAAAAUCACAAAUUUAUCUCAAAGGGCUUCACAAUCUGUACAACAUAUGACACCCCCCACUCUUAGAUCCUUGUUUCGGAUAAAGAAAACACACAUAAAAUAAACACAUACAAACGAAUUCUUUAUCAGGUAUUUUUCUGAUCUGCUCUCAGAGACGGAGUCAUGACAGUAGAUGUUUGCAGAGAUCCACCCUUGUGCUAUUUGUAAGCAUUUUUUUUUUUUGGAUUGUAGAUUCUGCUGUGCACUCUCUGCUCUCUAAGCGCUCCUAACACUGACCUGACCUGACCACCAUAGCAACGUUUGACACACACACAGACAUACACACACACAGUGCCUUUCCUCUCCUAUAUGAGCAGGCCGUCGCGCAUUCGAGCAGACUCCUUGAUUGAGGUACAGUACGACUUCAGACUUCUGUCACCAUAGAAACACCUGUGCUGUCCCCUUGUCGCAGCAGGGUCACUCGUGCUCUCUGCUGACGGCUGAUAGCAUGUUUAUAGGCGACCAAUAAUGAAAGCUUGGAAACAGAUGCUUGGCUGUUAAUUGGUGGCUUGAAGUCAGUCAUAUUAAGCACACAUUUUAGCCGUAACAGUGGUUAAAAACAUCAUUUAGUUUUUGAAAAUGAAUGAUCCAUGUUUAUUCCAGUGGCAUCCCAGAUAAGCUAGGUCUCCCCCCCCCACUCUCAGCUUGUGAGAGCGGUGUGCAGGCCUCUUCCGGUCAGCAACUUCACAAAGUGCCAAUGAAAAGAACAUAAAAAGGAAAAAAGGUAUACUGACCUAAUAAAAUUGCACUACGCUGCACUGCGCAAAGACAUGUUUUUGUACAUGGACAUUUUAUAUACACAAAUUUUGAAGUGAAAGAAUUUUCUGUUUUUUCGAAUGGGUGGGAGGGAUGUCGUCACUGCCAGAUGGAAUAAAUGGGGUGUCAGGGACAGGGGGUUCUGUACCUCUCGGGUUCCCCAUUCUUAGCAAGUAAUCUUGACAGUAAAUGUCUUGCUCUCUGUGUCAGAUUUAUCGUACUAAACAGAGUGGUGCUGGCUCUUUUAGCAGUGUGGUACUGGGAAGUACAGUGUGGUACUUAGGUAGUCACUUUGCCUUUCCCUUGGAGGAGUGCCAAGGGCCAAAAGCAGCACCUGCCUUGUCUCAGUGAUGGGAAAACAUCAGUCUCAGUCUGUGGUUACACAUUAUAGUCUUGAUAACAGAUUUACAGUGUUUUCUUGCCUGGAGGUUUUUUUUUUCUCACAAUACUCGCACACUUUUUUUUUAUCUGUAAAGCUCAGCUCUGUGCUUCCUUUACCUAAAUAAAAACAGAUCCCUGCUUUAUUCACAUUUUACUCAGCUAAGGUAGUAACUGUGUAGAUACUGUUAUUAGUGCUGGAUACCACUUUUUGAUUGGUUGUUGAUGGGAGUGUCAAAUGCAACCCAUCAGGUCUCUCUCCAUUCGCAGUGUAAGCACUGUCCACCAGCAGGGUUGGAGGCCGAUGCUUUUUGCUGGCAGGGAACGUUGUGCAUGUGUUAAGCAGCUGACAGGUGUCUGCGUUUUUUUCUGCCAGCCACUAUUUCAUCUUCUCCUCGAGUUGCACUAAACUGGCCCGUGACGAUCAAGUCACAUCGGUAAAGAGCUCGGCUCAGUGACUGCGGCCAAUACUUAAGUCAUCACGGCCGAAAAGAACUCUGGCUACAAAGUUGCUCUUGAGGACUUUAUUGGUGAUUGUUUGGGUUUUUUUUAGCCUAGAAGUAGAUCAACAACUUUCAACUAAAAAAAUGGGAGAUGGGGAUUGACGUUGACUGUUAAUGGGCGCGCAGGGAAAUUUGUGGACAUUUACAGUCGAUGGAAAGCAGACACAAGACACGCAGUGACGAUAUAGAUGGAUUCGCAGUUUCAGGGCUUUCUUGUACAUAUGCAACAUAAAGAGAACCGUGAGGCUUUUUUUCAUAUAUUGUUGUUUUCUUUGUUGUUGUAUCUUGUUAUAUGAAAAGUAAACUUUUUUUUACAGUAUAGUUGCUCAGAAUAUUCUUUCUUUUUUCUUUUUUUUAAAAGUCGAUUGAGAAGCUAUAGUGAACACAACACGUAAAGAUUCAAUGUAUAUUGUAGCUUAGAGGCAAAGGGGAGAAAAACAAAACAUGUUGAAUGUAAAACCUACAAAAAAAAAGUCUUUUUUUGUUAUAUUUGCUGGCUAGUUUGUACUGCCUGUAGUGAACUCAUAGAGCGUCCUGAUUUUGGUAUCCACAUUUUAACACCCACAUACAGCUGUCGCUGCACUGCAAAGUCAUAUCAGAUAACACAACCAUGCAGUAUUGCUUUACUAUCUUACUUUGUGCAAUGAGACGCUUUAUAAUGGAACAAAAACUAACUUGAGCUUUUGGUGACAUUUUGGGCUACUUGCUCACACUGUCGCUGUUCGUCUUUUGUCUUUCUCCCUGCCAAAUAGCAAGUUUUCUCAAUAUGUGUGGUUAUCUCUGUCAUGGAUGUUUGUGGUUGUGAUGUUAAGUUGUUGUUAGGCAGGAUAACCUUCAACCUUUUGGAUGAAAAUUGUUUUUUUUGUGGGAAUCUUUAUCCUGCCCUGCACAUUCCAACAGACAGCACGCUUUUAGUGUCUUCCACUUGUUUCCUAAUAGACAUAUCCUUUCCCAUUUCCUUUUCACUACAGUGAUUCUUCUCUGAUCACCUUGUCCUUUUUCCAUUUCCUGUUCUUGUGCUCUCCAGCUUUACUGUGGUCCCACCCAAGCCUUUACCCAGUAUAUUAAGCUAAACUAAACCCUUGAAAAUGUGCAUCAAAAAAAGCCUUUGUUUUAUUUCUCCACAUAUGUCAAAAUGUAUGUGCUGCUUUCUUGAAUGUCAGUUUUCAUUUGUGUAUAAACCAGCAGCAGCAAAGCCAAUAGAUCCUCCUUCCAAAUUAAAUGUAAUGUAAUGCAUUGCAAUGGCAGCUCCACUCAAUUCUCUGCUUCUUCUACCGUGCUCUUAAUGUUUGUCCAGGCUUUUACACUCUUGUCUGUCAGAUCUCUCAUUUGAUGACCUUUUUCUUCUUCUCCUGUUGUGUUUUUACUGAGCCUUACACUGGCUGGUGUGAAAACUGACUCUUUUUUUUUUUUCCUCUCAUUGAUUGAUUGAUUGAUUGAUUGUCUGGUUGAGUUUGAGGUUCUUUUGCAUGUCUAGCAUCGCUCUUUUUUUUUUUUUCUUGUUCUGUUUUUUUUUUUGUUAGGAGAUACAACACUGAAGGGUUUUAUGUGUUAGAUUUCCCCUUUCAGUAACCGAUAACCCAAGGCUGAUGUAAGUUUGUUUUCCUCUAAAUGUAAAAAAAAAAAAAAAAAAAAAAAAA